UUCUCUGCUCCAGAACUCUCUCCGCUUCUCCACUCUCAUCUCCUUUCUUGUAUAAAUCCGCACAAGAUUCCAAGCAACUUAUCAGUUGAAAAACACACUUCAUCAGUUUCUACAAUCCUGAAACAAAUCAUGGCGUUUAGAUCAACAGGUUUUUUGAAGCAAUUAACCAAUCAUUUGCGAGGAAAAGCGACGUACGCGACCUCGACGCCACCGAAACUGAAACCCUACGCACCAACAGCUGAUUUCGGGCACUCUCAGCCGGAGAAGAAAGUGAAGGGCGAUUUGGUGGCGGCGUACGUUGCAGUGGGCAUGAUAGCUGUGUCGACUUCACUGGGGCUCUUCACGGUGGUGCAAGAGCUGAAGAACUCACCGAAUGUUCGACUUAACAAGAAGAGGAGGGAGAGUUUACCGGAGGUGGAGGAACCGGAGCGAGUGCUGGAUGAGGCUGACAAGUUCGUGAAGCAAUCGCUUUUCAGGAAAGUUGCUCAUAUACAGAAGAGUGAUGAUGAGUAUGCCAUUGAUGAUCCCACACGGGCAGAUAUGUUCGCUUACAGCCCCAAGUCUCGGGCUGAGACUCUCGAGUCCGUUGGCGUUGAUCCUAAGUUUCGUGUUUAUGGUGGUUAAGGUUUUCUUUUCUAUGAGCACAAAUGGAGAAUAUUCUAGAUUUCUCACUAUAGCUCAUGAAUUGAUGUGACUAUACAUUCUCUCUAUGGCUCAUGAC